AUGGCCGUACUUACACAUUCUUCCCUGGGAGCGUCCCGUCUGUUCAUUCGAUUUGCGCAAGGUUGGGCAUCUUUUUUGGCGUUAUUUCCUGUGUUAGUGAAACGAGGACCGAACGUUCGGGCUGAAGUGAAACGCUCAUCUGGACACGAACGAGUCAGCGGGCGAGUGAGCAACAGCAACAAUAAGAAGCGGACGGUGAAAAACUUGAAGCAAAUCCUUGCUGCUGAGAAGGCGUCGAAUCCCGCAACAUCGCAAGUGACGUAUUCUGCCGCUGACAUAGAUCUUCCGCCUCGGUAUCCUGUUCAAAAGUACGCUGACAUCUCCGGACUGGAAGUGAGUACAAGUACCUUGCUUUGA